CUCUGUCAUGAUGGAAAGAUUCACAGCAGUAAUAUUUGUCCUGCUGGUUUCAUCUAUCUGCAGCACAUUAGGACAGACAUGUGAGGGAAACUGUGGGGAAAAAUUAGAUUCAUGUUCGUGCCACUCAACAUGCACAUCUCUGAAGAACUGCUGUGUCGACUAUAAAGACUUCUGUGUUGAAAUCUUUCCAUAUUCUGGGUCCAUUUUUGGUGGGGCAGAUUUUGUUAUCCUUGAUGCAAGUUUCAAUAAAAGCUCCCACAUUGUAUGCAGGUUCAACAAUGAUACCAAUACUAUGGGGUAUGUGGAUCAAAACGGUCGAGGUCACUGUAUCUCCCCACUACUGUAUCAAACUGGAUGGGUUCCUCUGCACAUCUCCUCAGAUAAUGGCACAACUUUCAGUAGAGUUGGAGCCUGGCUAUCAGUACACACUGGCAAGUUCGAUGCUAAGUUCAAGGCGAUUCUGGACAACUCAACAAAAUGGCAGUACUAUGGUACACCGGGUGUUGGAGGCGCUCUUGGGAUGACUUGGAAUACCUCUUUGGUCAGAGGGGAGAAGGUCAAUAUAGAGCUCUGGGGAUACAGAGAGACAGGGGAGCCUUAUUCAAACUCUUGGCAGGGCGAGUGGAAGUAUCUGUACUCACUUGCAAAGGAUCACCCAAACAACGGUUCCUUUAGCUUUUUACCCAAACCAGCAGAGAACGGCUUUUCAAGCUGGGAGCUUGGCGCCCUACGUGUCAGCUCCAGCGCCUACCCUGAUGGCAUAUGGAAUGUACAAGCUGCAUGGACAGAGGAUCACGCUCUAGCCUGGCAUCUGGAGCAGAAGUUCAGGGACAACUCAAUGGUUUGGGCCCUGGACAAAUGUUUAGCAUGGGACCAGUUGGAAAAUCAGCUGCCCAACUUCCUCAGUGAGAUCAUAGACUGCCCCUGCACUCUGGCUCAAGCGAGAGCAGAUACAGGGAGGUUUCAUACUGACUAUGGCUGUGAUAUAGAGAAAGGGAGUGUAUGCACCUACCAUCCUGGGAGUGUUCACUGUGUGAGGGCUAUACAAGCCAGUCCUAAGUAUGGAGCAGGGCAGCAGUGUUGCUAUGACAGCACCGGUGCUCAGAUCUUGACAGCAGACUCAAUCGGGGGGAGCACUCCAGACCGAGCACACGACUGGGGCUCACCUCCCUACAGGAAACCCCCUCGAGUUCCUGGAGAGUCCCACUGGGUGUAUGAUGUCCUCAGCUUCUACUACUGCUGCCUCUGGUCUGACAACUGCCACUACUACUUCAAACAUCGGCCCUCCAGUGACUGCAGGCGUUACGAGUCACCCAGCUCAGCUGUGGUGUUUGGAGACCCACACUUCAUAACAUUUGAUGGUGUCAGCUACUCCUUCAAUGGCAAAGGGGAAUACACUUUGGUACAGUCGGCAGUGAAACAGCUGAUAAUCCAAGGCAGAACAGAGCCUGUGAAUGGAACGAUAAAAGCAACAAAGUUGUCGGCUGUAGCCAUGAGAGAGGUGGCCUCUGAUGUUGUGGAGGUGCGGCUGGUCAGCGGUCACAAUGGCCUUGAAGUGCUGCGGAAUCAAAAAGCUCUCUCUUUUACUGAGCAGACCUGGAUGGACCUCGAUGGUGUGUUCGUGUUUUCUCCGACUUCUACAAAUGUGACUGUGAUGUUCCCCUCUGGUGCCGGGGUGGAAGUGAGACUGAGAGAGGGAACCAUGACAACCACUGUGCUCCUGCCAGAGGAGUUCAAAGGCUCCACUCUGGGAUUGUUGGGAAAGAUGAACGGUGACGCCAAAGACGACCUUGUUCUUAGCAACGGACAACUUGUGCAGAAUCAGAGCAAUCCAGAGGAGCUGUUCAACUUUGGGGCAAGCUGGGCUGUAUCCAACGAAUCUGCCUUAUUCACGUAUGAUUCAGAACAUCUUUUGGACACAUAUUACUAUGCUCCCAGGCAUGACUAUAGUUUUAUUCCAGUGUUUUCUGUCCCCGAGAGUCCAGAAGAUCCGCUUGAAAAUCAGGCGUCUGAGAUAUGCUCUGGAGAGGGCUCUCAGUUCUGUAGGUAUGAUAUCCUGGUAGGUCGUAGUCCAAGGCUGGGAAAUGCUACCAGAAUGUCUUACCAGAGUCACAUUUCUCUUGUGGAGGAUCUGAAGCCAGUGAUAUCCUGUGGCUGGCUUGCACCACCAAGUAACGGAAAGAAGGAGGGAACCACAUAUUUACUAGGAGCUACGGUGCGGCUUUCCUGUGAUGAUGGCUUCACUCUCGAGGGAUCAGCAGAGCGCACAUGCCAGGAGAAUGCCCAGUGGUCUGGAGAGGACACAACCUGCGUGGCUUCCAGUAUGAAUAAAUAAUGAAACCAGUUUUGUCCGAUGAUUUUGAGCUUUACAAAUCAACAGUGGUG